CUGCCUCGUGAAUAAAUCAGUGGUCGAAGCCUUGGAGCAAUUUUCCUCACUGUGCUACAUCUGGUUGUAGUAUCCGUCAGCGGCCGUAAUUUAACCUCAUUCAUUGGUCAGCCGACGGACUUGUCUCCCUUUUGUUUAUACCGAACUACGUGUUUUACGGUGUGAAGCUCCGUACAGCUCUCUGCUCCGCCAUUCAACCGGCCGUCAGUCAGUGUCUGCUAGGUAACUGUCCGCUGCGGACCGGGUUGUGAGAGCACCGAACAAUGAUCGAGCGACCAGAGACUGCGGUUCCCAGCAUCGCUCAGCGGAACCUGGAGGGCUAUGUGGGCUUUGCAAAUCUCCCCAACCAGGUGUACCGGAAGUCAGUCAAAAGAGGGUUUGAGUUUACGUUAAUGGUUGUAGGGGAAUCUGGUCUGGGGAAGUCGACACUCAUCAACUCUCUGUUCCUGACUGACCUGUACUCCAAGGAUUACCCGGGGCCCUCGCAGCGCAUCAAGAAGACUGUGCAGGUGGAACAGUCCAAGGUGCUGAUAAAGGAGGGGGGGGUCCAACUGACACUCACAAUUGUGGAUACUCCAGGGUUUGGAGAUGCAGUGGAUAACAGCAACUGCUGGCAGCCAGUCAUUAACUACAUUGACAGUAAGUGUGAGGACUUCCUGAACGCAGAGUCCAGAGUGAACCGCAGAUCCAUGCCCGACAACAGAGUGCACUGCUGCCUGUACUUCAUCGCCCCCUCUGGACACGGUCUGAAACCGCUGGACAUUGAGUUCAUGAAGAGACUCCAUGACAAAGUCAACGUCAUCCCUCUCAUUGCAAAAGCCGAUACUCUGACCCCAGAGGAGUGCCAGCUCUUUAAGAAACAGAUCAUGAAAGAGAUCCAGGAGCACAAGAUCAAAAUUUAUGAAUUCCCAGACACGGAGGAUGACGAGGACAACAAGCUCAUCCGAAAGAUUAAGGAGAAGAUGCCGCUGGCAGUGGUCGGCAGCAAUGUGGUGAUCGAGGUGAACGGCAAGAAGGUCAGAGGUCGCCAGUACCCAUGGGGCGUGGCGGAAGUGGAGAACGGGGAGCACUGUGACUUCACCGUGCUGCGCAACAUGCUGAUCCGGACGCAUAUGCAGGACCUCAAGGACGUCACCAACAACUUCCAUUAUGAAAAUUACCGCAGUAAGAAACUGGCUGCUGUCACCUGUAAUGGAGUGGACACCACCAAGACCAAGGGACUGCUCACCAAGAGCCCCCUGGCCCAGAUGGAGGAGGAGCGCAGGGAGCACGUGAUGAAGAUGAAGAAGAUGGAGGCAGAGAUGGAGCAGGUGUUUGAGAUGAAGGUGAAGGAGAAGAAGCAGAAACUGAAGGACUCUGAGGCUGAGCUGGAGCGACGCCACGAGCAGAUGAAGAGGAACCUGGAGGCGCAGUACAAAGAGCUGGAGGAGAAGAAGCGGGUGUUCGAUGACGAGAAGCUCCACUGGGAGGCUCAGCAGAGGAUCCUGGAGCAGCAGAAGCUGGACGCCUCCAAGACGAUGGAGAAAAACAAGAAGAAAGGAAAGAUCUUCUGAAGAGAGCGAUUCUUCACUUUUACACAAACUCGGUUUUCCUUCAUCCCCUCUGAAGUUCACAUGUACCAUGUGGCCCUCCAAACACACACACACAUUAACAGAUAUACACUCCACAACAUCCCUCUGUGUUACAUUUAACAUGUACCACGUGUGACGGAUGGAAGACACACACACACACAUACACACACACACACACACACACACACACACACACACACACACACACUCUCAUCUCUCAGCAGGGUUACCGUACCUGUUGAAACUUCUUGUUUCCAUGGGGAAUGCAUGUUUUUGUGAAAUUCUAUUUUCCUAUAUUUCCUGACAAAGAGGAGGCCCUUCCUCUGAGCUACAGUACGACACGUGGCAGGGACCACCCAUAGCCAUCUGCUCACAUGUAGUAGUGUAUGUUCUCUAGAUAUUCCAUAGAUCUGCAGGUAGACGUACUGUCUCUCUUCUUUGAUUCUUCCCAAAAACAACAUAACACAGGUGUACUGUAUUCAAACACUCUGUCAUAAAGACCUCAUGAGAGUGUGUUAAGAGAAGGGAGAGUGUAUGUGAGUGAAGGGAACUGCGUCAGGAGCGGGGGGGAGUCAGGUGGGAAUAAGGCCCGGUCAUAGAAAGUCAAAAUAAUCAGCAAAUCUUUUAAAAGUGGAAUACUACAAGUCUAUUUGCCAGCACUGUGAACACGGACAUAUUGAGUACCCCAAAGUUUUAUGUCAGAAAUGUAUAGUAGGGUCCUUAGCCCAUAGAAACUGCCGGAUGCUAACCUGCAUAUGUUGUGCAAUUUGCACAAUUAGCAUCAGUUGCAUUCAUUAGCUUAUGCAGACAUAGAUAAAAGAUGGCUUGGCCAAUUUUGGUGUGGUUUUGGAGGUUAUUGAGGGUGUUGAAUCAAUUUCUGACGUUUUUAGGAUCUUAAGUGGCAGUUUUGAGCCCCUUAAAACUUUCAAAUCGACCCAGAAUUAAUCAAAAUCAGUCCACCGGGACGUCAGAAAUUAACGUCCUCAUUAACCUCCAAAGUUCUCCGAAUCAGCCAAGCCAUUUAUGUAUUAUUGUCUGCAUAUGCUAAUUAUUUCUAAUUAAUGUAACAUUGUGCAAAUUGCCCAACAUGCAAGUUAGCAUCCAGCAGUUUCUAUGUGCUGGGGACCUGAACUAUACAUUUCUAUCAUAAAGCGUUUGGGGUUCUCAACUUCUCCGGGGUCACUAUACAUGUAGGACUCUAAGAGCUGGCAGAGAGACUAACCUGGUAAUGACUACAUGUAAGGCCAGUCAAGAAACCUCUGUUACUGAAGAGCUUAAUACUUACGUGUUAUUGCUAUUUGGUCAGUUUCACUUUUUAGCAAAUAUGUCUUUGGAAUAAAUGACCAUAACUUACCGAACUUAUUGUCCUUUUUCCAACGUUUUUGUAUUUAAAAAGAAAUGUUUGCUGCAAUGCUUCCUGUCUCAUAACUGUCUUCAGGACAUUCCUCUUUUAUGGAGCAGUUUUCACUCCAGCAGGGAGAUCAGUCAAAAGCUAAUUGUAGCGGUGAAAUACCAAAACAAAGUGGGGCACCAGUGAGCAAAUCUUAUGAUGGGGAAAGUAUCCAAUCUGCAGGCAAGAACGUCGUCUUUGUUCAUUUAUUUCGUAAUUAUCCAAAUAUCCAACAUAUAGAGAACAAUGAAUUCACCUGUGGCUUUUCCUGUGUUUUCACUGCCCGAGCAGCAUUUUUAUUUUGACUUAAAUGUUCCGUUUUAUUUCCUUAUUUCGCUGCUACAAAGUAAAAACAACAUUUACCUAUACUGGUGUAAAACAGCUGAUCAACUGCAGCAGCUUCCUUUAUUUUGGACUCAAGCACUGUGUAGUCAGCGUAAAUUAAAGGGAAAGAUAUGCCCCAUGGAAGCAAAUCCACCAAUCAAAAAUGUUUCCACCUUAAAUGUGGGGCCGGGCCUUCAGGCAGGUUUUCCAGUGGUGUGUGUGUGUGUGUGUGAGCAGUGUUGUAAUAAUGCUGUGUUUGAGGUCAUAGAAACUGCAGGGAGAUGCGUAUCAUGCACCUGCAGAAGGGAUUCCAUGCAGUGUGUGUUUCCCAUUAAUAAAAGACAUUAUGCAAAGCCUCAUUGGCGUCUACGACUCUAUAGGCCACCGUGAUUACAAAGGUGUUUAAUAUAGUGAUUCAAGUGAUGGAUGUUGUCAUAGAGCUGAACCCUGUGUGUAAAGGGACAAUUCAUCAAAACAAGAAUUAUUCCUGUUCCUUUCUCCCUGGAAAGUUAACUGUUUGGAGGACUUAGCCAAGUCAGCUGUGUCUCUGAAUUUAUUAUACAUAACUGCUUCCUCAACAACAAAACAUUCCCCCUCUGAUAUUCUCUCAAACGAUCUACAGUCCACAUCGGAGUCAAAUCACAGUCAGCCAUAGCGAUGUGUUCCAACCUUUUACUAUACCUUUCCAAGAGUAUAAUGUUUAUUUUCAUAUGAUGAUGUUGUUAAUAAUACUAUAUGUAAGGUCAAAAAACUAAAUCCCUUGUGGUUUUCUUAAGACUCGUAUAGUUAUCUGUUCUUUUUAGUAUAGUUUUCAAAAUGCCCGCAGUCUUCAUGUUGCAUUUAAAGACAAAAUGCUAAACCCUUACACCUUAUCACAUAAAAUAUUACCUUUAUGGAUUUGUUUGAUGAUUGAUUUUAUUGUGUACAUACUGGAGGCUGCUCUGUGGCCUUUUUCUUUUGUUUUUUCAGAUGAUAUGCCAGGAACAGAACUUGUACUCAGAUCAGAACCUAUUAUAUACUUGUCUUAAGAAUACACAAAUACAGUACAUUUCUUUACAUGCAUACACACACAUAUACUGUAUACAUCCAUGCCAAUGAGUACACUUUCUCAGGACUGCUGUGUUAUGAAGUCCAGAGGAAGUCAGGCUGGUCCCUACAAGUUAAAAUUGUGAUUUCUUUUUUAAAUGCUUGUGAACCACUUGCCCUUGGAAUACACACCACAAGUUAAGAUAAGUUUAGGUGAUUUUUUUGUUGUUGUAAUAUUAUCCUUUUUUUAUAUAUGUACACUCUUUACUGCUUCUCUUCUUUGUUCUGUCUCUAACUGUACAUGGUUAAUAAAGUUGACUUGGUUAUGCUUUAA